AUGCAAGGGAUUUGCUGGUUUGUGUGCUGCAGGCAGGGGUUCAGUUUGCUGCGAAGGGAAUAUGGAGAGAAAGAGGAGGAAGAAUCGUUUGAAUUACGCAAUAAAGAAGACUUAACUCCCAAUGGACGGGGUCCAGCAGAGGUGACGGUCUCGCAGCCAACGCGCACGGCCAAUGGAACCAACGGACACGCCAUCUCAGAAGUGUCCGAGAUGAAGAGCCUCAUCAUGGACAAGAGCAAGAGUCCAGAGGAAGACCCCGAGCUGCUGGUGAAAGGGUGGCUGCUCCGUGAGGUGCGGGGGAACUGGAUAAAGCAGCGGCGUUACUGGUUUGUGCUUAGUCAGGACUCUCUGGACUAUUACACCGGUCCAGAGAAGGGAGCGCGCCGACUGGGAACACUGGUCCUCACCAACCUCUGCUCCGUCAUCUGGCCCGACAAACAGACCUACAAGGAGACCGGGUAUUGGAGCCUGACGGUGUACGGACGGAAACACUGCUACAGACUCUACACCAAACACUUCAACGAGGCCGUGCACUGGGCCUGCGCCGUCCAGAAGAUCAUCGACACCAAAGCUCCAGUGGAGACGCCCACACAGCUCCUCGUCAAGGACAUCGAGGAAAAUAAGUUCAACCCGGAGGUCGUGGAGCACAUCUUCAAGCACAACCCCAUCCUGAAGUACACGCAGGGGCCCCUGUACGCGCCGCUGCUGCCCUUCCCCUACGGCAGCCCAGAGCACAGAUACCACAGUGGAAAAGGCUACGGCUCCGUGCGCGAGGAGGCGGUGAAGAUGUUCAACUGCCUGCAGCAGCUGGAGUGUGCGCGCGAGGCCGUCCCCAUCAUCCAGGGCGUGCUGCAGACCUGCCUGGACCUCCGGCCGCUGCGGGACGAGGUCUACUGUCAGCUGGUGAAGCAGACCAGCCACAGCCCCACCCCCUGCUCCGCGGCACACCUGCGAUACUGGCAGCUCCUCACCUGCAUGAGCUGCACCUUCCUACCGGGGCCCAUCGUGCUCAAGUACCUGCGCUUCCACCUCAAGAGGGUCCAAAGCCAAACUCCGGAGUCUGAGAUGGACAACUACGCGUCGUUUAUCAGCGAGGCCCUGGAGAAAACCAAGUGCCGGGAAAGCGUUCCGUCCUGGGAGGAGAUCCACAUGUUGAUGAACCGGCAGGAGAUGCUCUGCACGGUGCACUACCCGGGCCCCGGCUCCUGCCAGCUCUACGUCAGCUCACACACCACCGCGAAUGAGGUGGUGCGACGAAUGCAGGACAAACUCGGCCUGCAGGAGAGUAAAAACACAUUUGCACUAUAUGAGCAGAACUCGGUGUGGGAGCAGCCGGUGUGCGGCACCGCCCUCAUCGCAGACAUCCUGACCAGCUUUUCUGCUAAAGAGGCCGAGUCCAAGUCCCAGUGGAAGCUGUGUUUCAAACUCUACUGUCUACUAGACGCAGACGACAUAUCUGUGGACAGCAUUGAGUAUUUCUUCCUGUUCGAGCAGUGCCAUGAGAUGGUGGUGCGCGGCCAGCUGCCUGCGUGUGAGGACGACCUGCAGACGUUAGCUGCUCUGAGGCUGCAGGCCACGAUGGGAGACUUCAGCACACACGCCCCCUGCCCCCCCCUGGACGAGCUCUUCCCUGGGCCCACGCUGGAGACCAGGGUGCUCAUGUCCCUCACCGCAGCCCCAGGACUGCCCCCCUGCACAGGCCCCGGGACUGGCUUCCCCUCGGGCCUCCUCUCAGGAACUCUGUGGACCGCAGUGCACAAGCAGAAGGUGGAACAGGACUUACGUGUGCGCAGUUGCCUCAAAGAGGAGGCCACCGCUGUCAUGGCUUCCAUCCUGGAGCGAUGGAAGGGCUUGGCUGGCUACAGCCGCUUGGACAGUAUGGCUGCUUACCUCACUAUUGCACGCCAAUGGUCAGGCUUUGGAUGCACUCUGUAUGAAGUGGAUUUUUAUAUUACGGGGAACUUUUCCCAAAAGCUGUGGCUGGGUGUAGCUGCUACAUCGGUGUCUUUGUAUCGUCAGGGAGAAGCCGAGGCGCUGGAGUCUUUCCCCUACGGCCAGAUCUGCUCCUAUGGAGUUUCUGACAGCAACACAUUCAAGAUCACUGCAGGAGACCGAGAUCUGCUGUUUGAAACUUCCAAGCUGACUGAGAUCAUGCAGCUGAUGAACGCUUACUUCAGCGCCACCAGACGACAGCGAGGGAAAGUGGACGAAGCGGAAAUCACACACUUGACCUCGGUGACCACGAUGCCAGCCUCAGCGCUCCUGGAGCUGCCCUCACAUCCAAAGUCCAGGAGCCUUCCCAAACAUAUGGACCUCAUGCCUUCGAUGGACGUCUCCUCUCCUCCCCGUCCUCCCCCCUCCCUCACCCCUCCUCACCCUCUGCAGAGUCCCAGGCAGAGGCUUGUGUUACCUGGAACUGUUGACAGAGUAAGACACGUGACCCACAACUGGAACCAGAUGUUGAACUUUUUGGCAGCGGUAAAGUCGGGGGAGAGUCAGCUGUUCCUGCCGCCAGCAUGA